AUGCGAACAGAAGACGCACGGUAUCUUCAAUUACUUGAUCGACUGCGUCAAGGUCAAUGUAGUUAUGACGAUUAUGAAUUAUUAUUGACGCGCGUUGUAGGACAGUCAUCAGUAUCUCUUCAUGAACCACCAUGGAAUCAAGUAAAAGAUGUUUCGUUAUUGUGAAUAUACAUAUUUUCCAGC